AUAUUAAAUCAUCUACAUUAACAAAGGGAUUGUUCUGAGAACACGAGAAAAUAGGCGUCACCUCCAAUUCUAGAUCCACUGAACCCAUUUAUAAAUCAAGCUAUAGCCUCACGAAUACUGCCGGUAUUUUGUGCGAUCUAUUUUUAGUGUCGGUUAACUAGAUUUUCUAUAUUUGCUGGGUGGUCACAAGAGUGAUACAUUAAAUUUUUAAUCAUGGGUCAGUUACUAUCACAUCCAAUCGAGGAAAAGACCAUCGAUAUUCGGAGUCAUACAUCAUUGACCUACUGUAUUGGCUCCAUGCAAGGAUACCGAGCGUCCAUGGAGGAUGCUCAUUCGGUCAAGGUAAAUGAGGAUGAAAGUUUGGGGCUAUUUGCUGUGUUUGACGGCCACGGAGGAAGGGAAGUGGCAGACAUCAUCAGUGAGACGCUCCCAAAGAUGCUCUUCACGAAGCUUAACCAGAUGGUAAAACGAGGAGCAGAGUUGAAGGAGUAUAUGCGUUUCAUCAAAGACAGUUUUUUCAAGGUCGAUCUGGACUUACCACCGGAACUGUCCGCCAACUGUGGAACCACGGCCAUCGUCGUCAUGAUCAUCGAGAAGAAGUAUAUCAUCGUGGCUAACACAGGUGACUCCAGAGCCAUUUUGUCAUUAAGGGGUGGGGCUUGCAAAACCUUGUCUUUUGACCAUAAACCUUCCAACAUGGGGGAGCGGGUCAGAAUCGAGAACAGCGGUGGAUACGUUAUCAAUGGUCGGGUCAACGAGAUCUUAUCCCUUUCGAGAGCACUUGGGGAUUUCAAAUUCAAAGUUCCGUUUGUUGAACUCGAUAGCUGCCACAAUAAGUAUGCUGCUAGAAACAAAAAGUACUUCAAGCACGAUUUGAUUCAUUUGCCUCCAGAACUACUUCAAGUGAGCUGUGAGCCUGACUUGUUGAUAUACGAUAUAAAACAACUCCGGCAGCCUGAAUUCAUUGUGUUAGCAUGCGAUGGAAUUUGGGACUGUUACAGAAAUGAGAAACUCAUCAAAGUCAUACGAGACAAGUUGGCUUUGGACUGGUCCUUACAGCAUAUCAUCGAGUUUGUGUUGAAUGACUGUAUUUCCAUGGCCUCCAAUAUAACCGGGAUCGGGUUCGAUAAUAUGACGUUAAUAAUAAUUGCAAUUCAUGAUGAAAAUACCAGUAUUGACGAAUGGUAUGAAAUGAUGAAAACAAGGAUCUUGAAAGAGAAGAAGAUAGAAUAGGUUUGAUACACACAUUAGCUUAGGCCAAUCUAAUUUAUUUAUGGUACUAUGGUUCUAAAAUCCGCAGAUGCGAUCUGAUGAUACCAAAACAAAUGCGCUUGAAAAACUUAUGAUUUUUGAAUCUUGAACCAUCUGGAUCCUUUCAACAAGGUUUCAUUCACCCACUUUUAUUCCGAGUCAUUGAGUGUUUCUACAUAACAGCAUAUACUCUCACCAAGCAUUUCUAUUCCUUGUGCAUUUCUGACCCCCCAAAUACUACAACUAGUCCUGGUCUCGCGUCAGCCAAUAGCAUUUUUCCAUUGAAAGUUGCAUCUUAUUUACAUAUUCAUAGCUUAUAUCCCUAGAACGGGCACCUAGAGUUGAUAUUUCAUUCAAACAGCAUCCCAAGAAACAAUCAUCGCCAUGGCUACUGAAAUCGAAACAUAUGAAGAUCCAAUCAUACGUUUAGCAAACGACCCAGAUUUGAAUAAACAAAUCGACAAAACAAACAAGCUCAUUAGUUUGAUUUCGGGCUUUUCGUUGGCGGAAAGGAAGGUUUCCAAGCUUUGUCAGUUGUCAUUGACGAUUCUCCAAACAUUGGAGAAAAUUGGGUUGAACUUGAAGAACUGGGCGUUUCUUUCGUUGGACAUCAACUCCAACGAUCAUUUCAACAACGAAAACUCAAA